AUGUAUAAGAAUACCGAUCGGUCAAAUGAACUUAUAGAGAGAUUGACUGGAGAAGUCAGAGAAUUAAAAGAUACCCUUGAUAAAGUUAUAAACAGAAAAAAUGAAACCAUUAGUAAAUUAAUUCAAGCUAGUCAGCAAGUUAGUACUACAAAUCAAUUAUCACAACCAGGAGGCAAUGCCCAUCAACAACGUCAAUAUACUCAAGAAUUAGAAUCAAGGACCACUAUAGCAGCACCCUUAACAAUCCCCUUUUCUAUGCCAACUCCUGAAAGUUCUGUGGCCUCUCCCCCAGAUGUGGAUGAAAUUCUGAAAUGUUUAAAUUCGCCUGCGUUAAGUAGUUCUUCCUUGAUACCGAUGACUCAAACCAAUUUCCACUUUACUAGAGAUGAAUCUGAUUUUUGUAUCACAUCAAAUGUCAAUGAAAAGCCAGUUUACAUUACUUUAAAGGAAGCCCAAUUUCAUUUUGAAAACUACUAUUUGAAGUAUACUCGAUUUUUACCCAUAUUACCUGAUUCUUUCUUUUCCAAUAUUGAUUUGAUUAAAAUGAAUAAAGAGAAUCUGCUUUUAUUUUGGUCAAUUAUUGUAACCUCACUUUUGAAUCAAAAAAAAUCAAAAACAUACUUUACAUUAGCCAAUCAUGUCAAAUCUUUAGUGGUGGAAAAUUGUUGGAUGAGGACUCCCAGAUCUGUUUAUGCCAUUGCAUCUUUAUUGAUAUUAACUACUUGGCCAUUACCAUUAGGAAAGAAUGAUAAUUUCCGAGAAAACUUAUCUAUAAAGUAUAUUUCAUUGAUGAAAUCACUUGCAUUACAAUUUGGAUUACAUAAAUUGGAAUUUAUCAAUGAAUUUAGUCAUAAGACUAACGUUAACAUUUCAAAUGAAGUUUCCAUGAAUAAUUUAAUAAGAGAACGGAUCUACAAGUUUAUCAAUAUUAAUUCCAAUUAUUGGUUAAUAUAUUUGGGAUUAUCGAAUAUCAAUUAUAAUGGGUUUCAAUGUGAUUAUAUCAUCAAUAAAUCAAAUACUGAUAUUCUAACCCCUACCAAUAAUGAUGAUCAUUAUAUAAACUCAUUAUUGAAGGUGUCACUGGUUCAAACAAGACUAAAUGAAAAUUUAAGCGACCUUGUCAAACAAAAGGGUAACACACAUGCUAAAAGUAUCAAUUUGAAUAUGUUUGACCAUAUUAUAGAAGAUCUCCAUACAGUGUUGGAAUCAAAUAUUAUCAACAACGAUGCAAGUUCUACAAAUAACAAUAAUCUUAUCAAAUUGGGAAUCGAAUACUCAAAAUUACAACUUUAUGUCUACUCGAUGUCAAAUGAUUACGAAAUGUCUGUUUACGGCUUCAAACAAAAAAUGUAUCAAGCUUUAAAUACUUGUACCACUAUUUUGGAUUUAUUCGAACUAGAAUUUAUCAACAACAAUAAGAACAACGAUACCACCAACACCCCGUGGUUAAAGAAUUUCAAUCAACUACCAAUCCAUUACAGGUUUAUAUUGGAAUUGGUAAGUCUAAUAUUGAUUAGAAUUUAUAAAUCACCAAUCUUAAAUCAAGUUGAUGAUUACUUAAUGGUUAAGCAACAGUUCAAUCGUUGUUAUAGCAUCAUUAAUACCAAUAAUGAGGAUUCACAAUGGAAUCAAUUGAAUGCUAAGUUAUUAAAGCUAUUGGCCUUGGUGGAUAAGUUACCCAACCAAAGCAUACUUGCUACAUAUGACGUUUUGAAUAACCAUAUACCAGGGCAGAAUUCAUUUUUCCUUAUACGAUUGAUGAAGAAUCAUCUUUUAGCUAGUUUGAGCUAUGAACUCAUUUGGUUAGUGUACGACUUUCAAGAGGAACGGAAAGGAACUACCUCAAAAUCAAUGGACUGGAAACUUUAUGGACUUGAUAAUUUACAAGUAAAGGAAUUCUUACUUACAAAUGAGUCUAUAUUUAUUGAUAUUGAGUAA